AGGAAGAACUUUAUGUGACCAAGAUAAACAUGAAGGACUUUAACGGCCGUUUGGCUCCAUAAUGUUGUUUAAGUUUGUUGUUUUUGUGAGUCAAACUAGUCAUUUUAAAUUAUCGAUUGCUGCUCUCUGUUCUGCGCAUGUCAACUACGGAUGCCGUUAAAGAACAUGUCAAGCUAGAUCAGGCUCUCCGGUCCAGCAGGGGGCGCCGGUGCUCGCGGCUCCAGUACUGACAAAGAGAAGAAGGCCGUUUGUUGUUGAUGCCCGGUUCUCUCCGCAGCGUCUCGCUGUUUUUGCGCCGUGUGACGAGUUUUCCCGCGCAUGAAGACUUCUGCCCCGCGUGACGGUUGUUGCCCCGCGUGCAGUGAGCGCGCGGACGGGCGGAUGCGGGCGGAGCUGCGAGGCUGCGGCGCAGAGAGGCCCGCGCCAUGAUCCCGGUGCCGCUGCUGGUGUGCGUGUUAGCCGGCUGGUGUGUCGUGUACCUGACGGACACGCUGCUGCGGUCCUCCUCCACGCACCGACUCAGCUACGAGACGUGGCUCUCCAGUCGAGGUCUGGUGGUUUCUCCGUUCCACGUGAGAUGGCAGACCACCAUGUUCAACCGGCUGUUUGCUUACUGCGCCCGGAUCCAGCCCCGAGUCCUCCACCUGUGGUUCAGCAGCGGCCUGGUAUUCGGCGUCGGCGCCAUGCUGGGCUCGGUGGUUCUGCUGGUCAGGACGCUGCAGCAGACGUAUGCCCAGAUGACCACGGACAACCCUCGCAUGGGCACUCAGCAGGCGCUGCAGGUGGUGGUCCCCGGAGUCAACCUGCCCACCAGCCAGCUGGUCUACUUCUUCACGGCGCUGCUGCUCAGUGGAGUCGUGCACGAGCUCGGCCACGCCGUGGCAGCACUCAGGGAGCAGGUCCGGGUCAACGGCUUCGGGGUCUUCCUGUUCGUCUUGUACCCGGGUGCCUUUGUGGAUCUGUUCACCACACACCUCAACCUCGUGUCCCCCGCCCAGCAGCUCCGCAUCUUCUGUGCAGGCGUGUGGCAUAACUUCGUUCUGUGUGUGGCGGCACUGGCCUUCCUCUUCCUGAUGCCCGUCUUCCUGUUUCCUCUUUAUUCCACUGGAGGCGGAGCUCUAGUCACCGAGGUGGUGCAGCCUUCAAGCGUCUGGACGGGACGAUGGACUGCUGCAGCAACAGCAGCCUGACGGACCUCUGCUUCUCCUUCAGCGGAGCGGACAGCAGCAGAGAGUACGCCUGCAUCCCUGUGCGUAAGAUGGUGACGGGAACCCGAGUGUGCCGCAGCGACAGCGACUGCGCCAGCCGUUCCGGCGCCGCCAGCGUCUGCGUGACCCCCUCCCUGGAGAACCAGACUCGCUUCAUCCGCGUCACACACCCUCCAAACACGCACAUGCUGUUUGUGGGUUACCUGCCGCACCUGCAGCACGCCGUCAGUCUGACCAACUUCAUCCCUCGCUUCAGCUUCCUCCUCUUCGACGUGCCCGUCUUCCUGGAGACCUUCUGCAAAUACGUGGUGUCCCUCUCCGGCGCCUUAGCCGUGGUCAACUCGGUGCCCUGCUUCGCUCUGGACGGUCAGUGGAUGCUGAACGCGCUGCUGGAGGCCACGCUGGUUACCGUGGUGACCGACCGUCAGAAGCGAGAGCUGCUGGGCUUCUUCGUUCUGCUGGCGGGCAGCGCGCUGCUGGCUGCCAACGUGGCCCUGGGCCUAUGGAUGGUGACGGCGCGGUAACCUCGGCGGUUGGUGAUGACCGGCACACUGUGAACGAGCAGGACUGCAGAACCUUCAGAAGCGGAUCACACAUGAUGAAGCAUUCUCCAAACAUGACAAGAGCGGGAAAAGCUUCACGGUUUAGUUUAUUUAAUUUCAUGUUUUUAAUCCAAAAGAUUUUUCAAAAGAUUUUUUUUAAAUAAAAGAGGAAUCAUGAAGCCGUGUCAGUCAUUAAAGUCAGAGGACAGACCUGCA